AUGGAGCAUGAGGAGACAUUGGCAAAUAUGGCUAGGAAUACACGCCAGGGUCAAACGAUUCGACGGACUGUCGGAGGAAAUCAGGGGCAAGAGUUGGGACAACAAGAACAAGCUGCAAUCCCCAAUCCAAUUGGAAUGGUUCAAGUGCUUCAGACUUUGGCCGGGGUGGUGCAACAACAAACCACCAUAGAGAAUAAUUUGACUAGACUUAUGGAGCAACAACAACGGAUACAGCUAGGUGUUGGGCCACAACCGAGGCCACGUUGUAACAUUACUGAGUUUAAGAAGAUAGCCUUGGCAUUUGAUGGAGCCACAGACCCUUUGGAGGCUGAAAAAUGGUUGACAGAAAUGGAAAAGUUAUUUCCCGUUUUUGAGUGUACGGAUGAUCAGAAGAGGGAAUUUUCGAAGUUAGAGCAAGGAAAUAAGACGGUUGCAGAAUAUGAAGCCGAGUUUACGAAGUUGUCUAAAUUUGUAUCAGCAUUUGAAGCAGACGAGGAUAGCAGAGCACGAAAGUUCGAACGUGGGCUAAGAACGAACAUUAUGCAACAGGUGGUUCCUUUCGAGUUACCUAUUUUUGGAGCAGUGUUGAAUAAGGCUUUGUUAGUUGAGAGUGGCCUCACUAGAGCCCAAGAACAGAAAGAAGAGAAUUAUAAGAAGAGGCCUAGUUCUUCCAACUUCCAAACUAACAACAGUUCGAAGGGCAAUGCUAAGAGACAAAACACUUCUUCGGUUGGGAGUUGGGGAAGUCGAACUGUAGGUGGUAGUGUUGACAAGCAGAAUGAUCGGGUACAGUGCACUUGGUGUAAUGGAUUCCAUCGGGAUAGUGAGUGUCGUUGGAAUACUGGGGCUUGUUUCUCUUGCGAGCAACAGGGGCACAAGAUAGUUGAUUGCCCUAACCGGAAGGGGCAUAAGAUUGAACAGAAAACAUGGACGAAUAAAGGAGCAUCAACAGACAAAGGGUCUUCAGGAAGUCAAAAGAAAAAUGGAGGAUUUGUUGAGAAACAUGGAUGGAAAUGUGUCUCUAGAGAGAUCGACUUAUGUGUUGAAACCCCAAUAGGAGGUGUUAUAGUUGCUGACUUAAUUUGCAAAUCUCGUGUGGUUAGUAUAGAUAACAGGAAAUUGCUUGUAGACUUAACUGUUUUAGAUAUGUGGGACUUUGGUAUAAUUCUUGGAAUGGAUUGUGGAGUUAACACUCCUCUUCUGGUAAUCUCAGCUUUGCAAGCUAGACAGUUGUUAAGGAAUGGUUGCGAGGGCUAUUUAGCUUCUAUGAGAGAUACCCGUGAAUUGAAGUUAGAGGAUAUUCUAGUUGUGAAGGAAUUUCCCGAUGUUUUUCUUGUAGAGUUACCGGGGUUGUCACUAGAUAAAGAGAUUGAGUUUGCCAUUGAAUUGAUACCCGGCACCGGUCCUAUCUCCAAGGCUCCGUAUCGGAUGGCCCCAGCAGAGUUGAAAGAGUUGAAGGAACAAUUACAAGAGUUACUAGAUAAGAGCUUUAUUCGGCCUAGUGUUUCUCCUUAG